AUGCCCAUCGCGCUGCUUUUGGCAGCAAUAGCUAAUGCAUCAGAUAUGCCAUCCUGCGCAACAGAGUGCAUGGCUAUUGGAAUUGAAGAUUCGCCCUGCACUUUGACCAAUACCACUUGUAUCUGCGCAGAUGCUUUGCUGCAAGCCAAUUUGACAGCUUGUGUGCAAAUGACCUGCACCGUCAAGGAUAGUCUAACUACGGCAAACACUACGAGUACCAUGUGCCAUAGCCCAAUCCGCAACAAGGCCAAUGUCAUCAUCAUCACAAAUUCGGUGUUUGGGGGGGAAGACAUCUUUGUGAUGUUUGGACUACUUUUCAGUGUUGGGAUGGGUAUACUGGAAUUCUUCAUGAUUGAUGCCGGCUACGGACGAGAUAUCUGGACAAUAUCUUUCUCAAAUAUUACCCUUAUCCUGAAGUACAAUUGGAUCGUUGAGAUGCUCUAUGUUGGCGCGAUUACCUCUAUCAAGAUGGCCUUCCUCAAUCUCUAUCUCCAUAUUUUCCCGAAUUUCGGCCUUCGAAAUGCGAUAUACAUCGUGAUGGGAAUAGUGGUCGCUUUUUUCUUCGCCUUUUUCUUCGGAAUUUGUUUCAACUGUUUACCUGUGUCGUACAUCUGGACCUCCUGGACAGGUGAAACAAAGGGUAGUUGUCUCGAUUUCAAUGCCUUUGGAAUUGCGUGCGCAGUGAUCAAUAUCGUUCUCGAUGUGACCGUCAUGGCCUUGCCUCUCCACGAAAUCAUGAAGCUGAACCUUAGACCAAUGAAGAAGGUUUUAGUCAUGCUUAUGUUUUGCACGGGAUUUUUCAUCACCAUUGUAAGCAUCAUUCGCCUUAAGUCAGUGGUGACAUUUGCCCAUACAACCAAUGCAACCUAUGAUUAUGUACCAGUUGCAUACUGGUCACUCAUCGAAAGCUACACAGCAGUUAUCUGUGUCAGUAUGCCGGCAAUUCGCCGGUUGUUUAAUAGCCUUCUCUAUACCUGUUUUGGCAUUCAAAACACGCAUCAGGUCAAAUCGGAAACCUAUGAUAGAAGUCAGGGGCUGCAGCGUCCGACGCGCUCCAAGAAUCUCUCAAUUGGGGGGGAAUAUCAAGGCAUCCUCUAG